AUGGAUGCUUAUUCAAGGUCCGUCAGUAGCGGCGCAUGCAAGAAAACGUCCAAGAUAUAUCAAGACCUCAAGCUUGCCCGACUUCACAGCGCAUCGGCGCGAACUCUCAGCAUCAUGGAUACAGUCCUGAAGGUAUUGGCACCCAGCGUCAAAGCAGCCCUUAAGCCACUCGAUGCGCUCUAUUUCGAAAGUCUCCCCCCAAGCAGACGACCGCGGAUCGGAAUUGUCGGCGGGGGCUUUGCCGGGCUCAGAUGCGCCGACGUGCUUCUACGAAAUGGCUUCAAGGUCACUAUUCUGGAAGCAAGAAAUCGCCUGGGCGGCAGGAUAUUCCAGCAGAGGCUUCCGAACGGCCACCUGGUAGACGUCGGUGCAAAUUGGAUCCACGGCACGAACGACAACCCCAUCAUGGAUUUGGUCCAGGAGACCAGAACUGCCGUCGGCGUCUGGGAUUCCAUGUCGUGUGCCUUUGACGAAGAUGGACGACUCCUUCCACUGGAGGAGGGCGAGAAGUAUUCCACCUUAAUGUGGAAGAUCAUUGAGGAUGCGUUUGAGCACUCGAAUAAACACGGAUCUGAGAUCGACCCGGACAGGUCGCUUCUGGAUUUCUUUCGGGAGCAAGUCGUUAUGAGGAUACCGGAUACCGAACCAGACUAUGAGCGGCAAAGAAACCUAGUUCUUCAGGUGGCUGAGCUCUGGGGAAGCUUUGUGGGCAGCCCUCUCAGCAGGCAAAGUCUCAAGUUCUUCUGGCUGGAGGAAUGUAUCGAGGGUGAAAACCUCUUUUGCGCGGGUACAUACCACAAAGUCCUGGAAAAGGUCGCCCAGCCGGCACUUGAAGGCGCAGAGAUCCGCUACCAGACCCGCGUCACCGAAGUCCACGGCAAGUCUACGGGACCAAACGACGUGGUCAGAGUCAUGACAGCGGACGGUCAGUGCCUAGAAUUCGAGGAGGUAGUCGUCACCUGUCCACUUGGCUGGUUGAAACAGAACCUGCAAGCCUUCUCUCCUCCACUGCCGGACCGGCUAUGCAAGGCCAUCCGAAACAUCAGUUACGGAAACCUAGAGAAGGUCUACAUCUCGUUUCCCACUUCCUUCUGGCUCACCACGUCCCUGGAUGAGGGCCGCACCGUGCAAGGGUUCUGCCAAUGGCUCGCGCCCAAGUACGCACCCGAUACGAACCCGAACCGCUGGCUCAACGAGACGGUCGAGCUGGGCUCCCUCGGCGCCGCCGCCCACCCAACCCUGCUCUUCUACACCUACGGCGAGCAGUCCCACUACCUCACGUCCCAGCUCCGCUCCCUCCCCUCCCAAAAGGACAAAGACGCCUUCCUAUUCGAAUACUUCCGGCCCUACUACUCCCGCCUCCCGUCCUACGACGCGUCCGACAUCAACUGCCAGCCCACGGCCUGCUUCGCGACCGACUGGUCGGGCGACGAGCUGGCGGGCAACGGGAGCUACUGCAACUUCCAGGCCGGGCUGCUCGAGGGUGACAAGGACAUCGUCGCCAUGCGGCACGGCGUGCCGGCGGAGGGGAUCUGGCUGGCGGGGGAGCACACGGCGCCGUUUGUCGCGCUCGGGACGGUGACGGGAGCGUACUGGAGUGGGGAGCAUGUUGCGAAGAGGAUCGUGACAGGGGUGUUGGGGAGGGAGGGAUAAGGGGGUUGAGGGGGAGCAUUCCGUAGUGGUACUCAUUGCUCUCCUGGAAUCCCAGGAAGCUCCUGAGUAUCAUCCACCUUACCUACUCCGUACAUUACCAGCAUUUAUUUCGUGAAACCGUCUUGUAUGGUAUUUACAUUCUAUUACAUUAGAAAGCUUUCGGGAUGCAUGC